CCGGCCCCGCUGCGGCCCCGCCCGGCCCGGCCUGGCCCCGACGCGUUUCCGGCCGCGGGGCCGCCGGGAGCUGCGGGCCCGGAACCGCCAUGGCCGGCACCGGCAGCGGCAGCGGCCCCGCGCUGGAAACCAUCCAGGCAGACGGGACAGACGGGAACUGCGUCACGUUUGUGCUGCACGACGAGGAUCACACCCUGGGCAACUCCCUGCGCUACAUGGUCAUGAAGAACCCUGACGUGGAGUUCUGUGGCUACUGCAUCACACACCCCUCGGAAAGCAAGAUCAACUUCAGGAUCCAGACCAGAGGAGCCCUUCCUGCUGUGGAGCCAUUCCGGAAAGGACUGAAUGACCUGAUGGGUGUUUGCCAACACGUGCUCAAUACCUUUGAGAGGAGCAUGAAGGAGUUCAGAGCACAGAAGGAGGAGGAGAUGCAGUAGCCUUUGGGAGGGGCAUGGAUGUCCAUGGAUGUGUGACUUCUGUGUGUUGAAUUCCCUGUGUCUAAACAAGGCUUUUUUGUUGUUUUAUUUUUUUAUGACUUUGCUGCAAAAUGUAUUUUCUUUAAUAAUAAAGUUUAUUAAUUUA